AAAAGUGUUCAGAAGUUGGCCGGAAAGGUGUCCCUAAUCUUCUCCAACUGUUCCAUGCAUUGGGUCCGCGAGUCGGACACUGCGGCCCACAAUAUGGCCAAACUAUUGUCAAAUAACGGUAUAAUAGUUAUGAAUAUACUAUAUUGCGGUCAUAUUUAUCGUAGCCUCGGCUCCGAUAGGAGAGCUGAGUUGGAGCGCCGGCUCCGGUAUCCGACUGACCAGCAAAUGAUCGGCCAAUGGGUGACCGCAUUCAAUAGCGCCGGACUCACUCGCAUUGAGAUUAAAUACCUAAAAGCAAAGUAUAUAAUACCGGCUAAAAUGUACAAUGAAACUAUUCAAUUCUCUGUAAAUUGGUUUAAACGGUAUUUGACGGACAGUACCGGCGAUGAAGACAUGGAUCACGUCAUACGAGAGCUGCUCUACAAAGAGAGAGUCCGUGCGGUGUCUGAAAAGUCACCCAAUGGUGAGGAUAUGAUCGAAAUCAAUAAUCAAUUGUGGGAUUUUGUUGUUAAAAAAUAA